AUGUCGCAGUUGGUUGAAGCGAAAAUCAGUGCCUCAAAGGAGGACGCCUUGAAGUGGCUGCACGAAGCUGCAGAACGUGGAAAUGUGGACGAACUCCCAGAAAUACUGGCACAGGGAGUGGACAUAAACUGCCGGUGUGAGAACGGUUACACGGCACUUCACAAGGUGGCGAAGGGUGGCGACGUCUUGGCCGUAAACUGGCUGUUGGAGGCGGGUGCCGAUGUCAGCGCACGGAAUAACUGGCAGCAGACGCCCCUCCACGUAGCAGCGGGACACGGCAGGCAGGGUGUCGCAAUGACCUUGCUGUUUUACGGGGCAGACAAAGACGCGUGGGACGGCAGCGGGCAGACGGCUCUGCAGGUUGCCGCCGCGUGUGGUGAAGCGGCCGUGGUCAACCGGUUGUUGCGGCUGGGAGCGGACCGAUCUGCUGCCGGAUACGGUAGGACGCCUCUACAACUUGCCCAGGCGUACAACAGGAGGGCUGUUGUCGAUAUUCUGAGUGGGACUCGUCCGGUGUAA